AUGAGGUUUGCAAAGUCCAUGAGGCCCGCGGCGGCCGGAACUGCUCUCAUUGCUGCCAUUGCUCCAAAGGAUCUGAACAUCAACGAUCCAUCCAACAUCAAGGGUGUGGCCAAGACAAUCGCGGCUGACACCAUGCAGUAUUAUUCGGGGACUGCGGACAAAUUUGUGGAUCUUCCCCAGCCGCACUACUGGUGGCAAGCCGGUGCCCUGAUGGGCGGAAUGCUGGACUAUUCACACUACACGGGCGACAAGAGCUACGACCCACUCAUUGCCAGGGCUCUACUUGGUCAGGUCGGCCCCAAUUUUGAUUACAUGUUGCCGUCGCACUUUGGCCAGGAAGGGAAUGACGAUCAAGCAUUUUGGGGAUUCGCCGUCAUGUCCGCGGCCGAGAGAAACUUUCCGCACCCGGACGAGAGCGUCCCUUCGUGGCUGCAGCUAGGUGAGAACCUGUGGAACUCGUUGGCCUCGAGAUGGAACACGACAGCCUGUGGCGGCGGCCUUUUGUGGCAGAUCUUUGCUUCCAAUCCUAACGGACUCGAUUAUAAAAACACGGUGAGCAACGGCGGUCUCUUCCAGAUCUCGGCGCGCCUGGCGCGGGCGACAGGGAACGACACGUACCUUGAGUGGGCGAACAAGGUUUGGGACUGGACCGAAGCCGUAGGCAUGAUUGAUCAGGCAGGCAACGUCUACGACGGCGCACACGCGAGCCGCAACUGCACUGACACAAACCCCGUUACCUUUUCGUACAGCGCCGCUAUCUACCUGUACGGAGCCGCCGUGCUGGCCGACCACACGGGCGACCAGAAGUGGGUCGAGCGCACCGAACGGAUCCUUGAGGCCUCUCGCUCCUUCUUCAGCCCGUUUGACAAUGCGACAAACAUAAUGUACGAGCACGCGUGCGAGUGGGUCAACAGCUGCAACACCGACAUGCGUAGCUUCAAGGCCUACUUUUCCCGCUUCGUCUACGCCGCCAGCCGCUUUGUGCCGUCCAUCCAAUCGACCAUCGACGAGCUCUGGCACCCCUCGGCGCUUGCUGCUGCCAGGUCCUGCACGGGCGGUGCAAGCGGUACGGCAUGCAGCCACAAGUGGUACACGGGCGGCUUCGAUGGCACCACCGGCUUGGGGGAGGAGCAGUGUGCGCUUGAGACAAUUCAGGGAUUGCUGGUUCGUGAGGCCGCGCUCCCUCUCAAGGGCGACGAGAUCAAAACUGUUCGUACGUUUGGGGCCUCGUCCAGCCAAAAUUAA